AUGGAGUACUGCUGCUGCUGCUGCGCGCUCACCGUUACUCUGCUCGCUGUGUUCAGCUCAGCUCUGGCUGCUGCUCACUAUAGCUGUGAUGGAUCACUAGCAUCCGGGUUGCCUGCAGCGUCCUUUCAGAGUUCUUCACAUUUCUCAGAGAGUCGAACUGCCCACUUCGCCAAGCUGAACAGAAGAGAUGGAGGAGGUGGGUGGAGCCCGCAGCUGGCAGACAGGUCACCGUGGCUGCAACUGGACCUCAGGGCACGUAUGGAGGUGACGGCAGUGGCCACGCAAGGCCGGCAUGGCAGCCACGACCGGGUGCACAGUUACACCCUCCUGUACAGCGACAGCGGUCACGUCUGGAAGCAGUACAGAAACCAGGACAGAGUGGCGAAAUUGGCAGGGAAUGAGAAUUCUGACACCACCGUCUAUCACAAACUGAGCCAGCCCAUUCGAACCCGCUUCUUGAGAUUCGUUCCUGUUGAAUGGAAUCCUAGUGGCAGAAUCGGGCUCAGGGUCGAUGUCUACGGCUGUGCUUACAAAUCGUACGUGGUGGAUUUUGAUGGCAGAAGCUCUCUGCUUUACCGGUUCAACCAGAAGUCCAUGAGCACAGUGAAGGAUGUGAUCUCACUGCGCUUCAAAAGCAGGCAGACUGAAGGUGUUCUGUUACACGGAGAAGGCCAGAGAGGAGACUACAUCACGCUGGAGCUACACCGAGGAAGACUGGCUUUACAUCUCAACCUGGAUGAUACUCGGGUCAGGUCAAGCAGUGGCCGUAUGGUGGUCACCCUGGGCAGCCUGCUGGAUGACCAGCACUGGCACUCGGUGCUCAUAGAGCGCUUUAACAAGCAGGUCAACUUCACCUUGGACAGACACAUGCAGCACUUCAGGACUAAAGGGGAUGGAGACUCGCUGGAGGUGGACUAUGAGCUCAGCUUUGGAGGGAUCCCACUUCCGGGGAAGCCUGGAACUUUCCUCAGACGAAACUUUAAUGGCUGUGUGGAAAACCUUUAUUACAAUGGAGUAAACAUUAUCGACCUGGCCAAGAGACGCAAGCCUCAGAUUUACAGCGUGGGUAACGUGACCUUUUCAUGCUCGGAGCCGCAGCUGGUGGCCGUCACCUUCCUGAGCUCCAGCAGCAGCUUUCUGUCCUAUCCAGCUCUCGCUUCCUCUACAGACGGCCUCUCCGUGCGCCUGCAGUUCCGAACCUGGAACCCUGAUGGCCUGCUGCUGUCCAGUCAGCUGGCAUCGCACCCGGAGCACCAUUACUUAAUACUCCGCAUCAGCAGCGGACGCCUCCGCCUCACCCAUCACACCUCAGACCUCAAAACGCUGGAAGUAUCCACUGGUCAGAGAGUAAAUGAUGGUCUCUGGCAUUCUGUGAGUCUAAGUACCAGAGGUCUUCAGAUCAUUAUGAUCCUGGACAACGAACCAGCCUCCACCAUUCAGCUUGAAGAUUACCUGGAGUUAAGGAAUAAUUACUACUUUGGAGGCUGUCCAGUGUCUCAAAAUGGCUCAGGCUGUAUGAACCCUGUCAUGGCCUUCCAGGGGUGUAUGCGUCUAAUCCUCAUCAACAACCAAGCUAUGGACUUCAUGCACAUCCAACAAGGGCUGGUGGGAAGCUGGAAUGAACUAGACUUUGACAUCUGUGGUAUUCAAGACAGGUGUCUGCCGAAUUUCUGUGAAAACGGCGGCCGCUGCUCUCAGAUGUGGUCCGAGUUUUACUGCGACUGCACGGAGACGGGAUACAGUGGGGCCACGUGUCAUAACUCUGUCUUUGAAUCCUCAUGUGAAGCCUACAGGCUGGCAGGAAGCACCUCAGGCUACUUCUCUAUCGAUCCGGAUGGGAGUGGCCCUCUGGGUCCGGUUCAAGUGUACUGCAAUAUAACAGAGGACAAAGUGUGGACCGUGGUUCACCACAACAGCACGGAUCCAGUGAGAGUUCAAGGAUCUUCACCCAGCAAACCCUUCAAAGCAAAUUUUGACUACGGCGCCUCACCUGAACAACUCAAAGCCAUCGUGUCCCAGUCGGAGUACUGUCAACAGUCAGUUACCUACAAGUGCAAGAGGUCCCGACUCUUCAAUACAUGGGAUGGUGCACCUCUGUCCUGGUGGCUGGAGCGCGGGGGUGAGAGGAGGACCUAUUGGGGUGGUUUUCUACCCGGCGUUCAGCAGUGUGCCUGCAGUCUGGAGGAGAACUGCAUCGACAUGAACUACUUCUGUAACUGCGAUGCCGACCGAGACUCAUGGGAGAAUGAUACCGGUGUCCUGUCCUACAAAGACGACCUACCGGUGAGCGGAAUAGCCAUUGGAGACACAAAUCGACCAAGAUCUGAGGCUUUCUGCAACGUGGGACCCCUGCAAUGCUCUGGUGACAAGUCUCUGUGGAACGCGGCAUCUUUUUAUGAAGAGGCGUCGUACCUGCUUUUUCCUGCCGUGCACAUGGAGCUCUCUUCUGACGUCUCCUUUUACUUCAAGACCGGCUCGUCCUCUGGGGUGUUUGUCGAAAAUCUGGGCUCGAAAGACUUCAUCAGAGUCGAGCUGAGCUCUCCCUCAGUAGUGACGUUCACCUUCGACGCGGGAUACGGUCCGGCUGUACUUAAUCUUAAAUCUCCGGUCCCUCUAAACGACCGACAGUGGCACUGGGUCCGAGCUGAAAGGAACGUGAAAGAGGCAUCGCUGCAGGUGGAUCAGAUGCCGGUGCGCUUCCUCGAACCACAGACACAUACACACAUCCGUCUGCAGCUCAACAACCAGCUCUUUGUGGGAGGUACAGCCUCUAGACAGAGAGGUUUUCUGGGCUGCAUGAGGGCUCUCACCGUGAACGGCAUGACUUUUGACCUGGAUGAGCGGGCCAAGGUGACCCCGGGGGUAAGCUCAGGUUGUGCGGGUUACUGCAGCAGUUCUGCAGGUUUCUGCCAUAACCGGGGAAGGUGUGUCGAGAGGAGCAGCGGCUACGUAUGUGACUGCACACACUCCGCAUACGGAGGACCCUCCUGCAAAGAAGAGGUGUCAGUGACCUUCGAGAGGGAUUCCUCCAUGACCUAUACUUUCCAAGAGCCCUUCUCAGUCAUGCAGAACAGGACAACCCAGGUUUCCUCCUCAUCCUCUGCAUACACCAAGUCCAGAGACAACAUGGCCCUCAGCUUCCUCACCACACACAGUCCUGCUAUGCUGCUCACUGUUAACACCUUCAGCCAGCAGUACGUGGCCAUCAUCCUCGCUCGCAACGGGAGUUUGCAGAUUUGGUACCAGCUACAUAAGGAGCGAAGGCCCAGUGUGUUCAGCCCUGUGCUCACCAAUCUAGCCGAUGGGAAACUUCAUCGACUCCGACUUCACAGAGAGGGCAAGGAUGUGUAUGUGCAGGUGGAUCAGGACAGUAAGAAAUACACCCUCUCACAUGACUCUGACUUUAACUCCAUGAGGUCACUAACCCUCGGAAAGGUUACAGCAGGUAGUGAUGCACUGGACGAGGACGUUUCCCAAGCAGGAUCUAAAGGUUUCAUCGGCUGCUUUUCGUCAGUUCAGUACAAUCACAUAGCUCCACUAAAAGCCGCACUGCUUAACCGUGGGAGCUCCUUGGUCAGCAUACGAGGCCCUUUGCUGGAGUCUAACUGUGGAGCUCUGGCUGAUUCAUCAACCUCCAAAUCCCGUUCGGACAAUGGGGAGGAAGUGGGUAAAGAUAACAAGCACGGUGAAGACGACACCCAAAGAGAUUCGGCGGUAAUUGGAGGUGUGGUCACAGCUGUCGUUUUUGUAAUAAUGUGCAUGGUGGCCGUGAUGGCACGCUUCCUGUACCAGCACAGACAGGACCGAAGAACGGCUAGCAUUCAGGAAAAAGAGCAAAGACGCAGCCUCGAAGCUGCCUACAGGGCGGAACUGCACCUGAACCAGACUAUACGAGACAGUAUGAAGGAGUACUACAUCUGA